ACGUUGUCUUGUCCCUCGUUUCUGACCACCUCUCCCAGUUCAGAUGCCAAAACGACCGUCGCCUAGAUCACAGUGAAGCUUCCGUGGCCGACGAGCCUCGCAGCACCAGCCACUUGGAGCUCGUGAGGGAUUCUUCCUUUGUUUCUCGAUGAGAUCCACAACUCAUGGCGGCCAAGAAAAAGAUCACCAGGAGACCCAAGAUCAAGCCUGACAACGGCAUGGUCUACCCCAUGUCUCAUUCGCGGCGUCCUGAUUCCAGAUACAGGAGGGUCGCCUUGGUGCUUCCGGUGUUUCUGCUUUUGUUCGUCGUCGGUUUCGCAAGCAUUUACUCGAACAGGUGGGGAAUUUUCACGAACGGCGAUGUGUCACCGACCGUAUAUUCGAUCGAAGUAGUGCGCGAGUUUCCUCACGAUCCCCAAGCCUUCACUCAGGGGCUUCUUUAUGCGGAAAAUGAUACUUUGUAUGAGUCGACUGGUAUUAUUGGGCAGUCAUCAGUUCGAAAGGUGGCUCUCCAAAGUGGGAUGGUUGAGGCACUACAAAUGAUGGGUGGAUCUUACUUUGGGGAAGGUUUGACUCUUCUUGAUGAAAGGCUGUUUCAAGUAACUUGGUUGGAGAAAACUGGUUUCAUAUAUGACAGAAAUAAUUUAAGCAAAUUUGAAAAAUUCACUCAUGAGAUGCAAGAUGGUUGGGGACUAGCAACUGAUGGAAAAAUAUUAUUUGGAAGUGAUGGAACUUCAACAUUGUAUCAGAUUGAUCCUCAUAAUUUCAGAGUCAUGGGUAAACAGGUUGUCAGAUACAGGACUCAUGAAGUUCACAACCUAAAUGAGCUGGAGUAUAUUGACGGGGAAGUUUGGGCAAACAUAUGGCAGAGUGACUGCAUUGCAAGAAUCUCUUAUAAAGAUGGCAAAGUAAUAGGCUGGAUACUUCUUCAAAAUUUGAGGGAAGGAUUGAUAACAGCUGGAUAUAAUGGAAUUGAUGUUUUAAACGGCAUAGCAUGGGAUAGCAAAGAGAAGCGCCUUUUUGUAACUGGAAAAUGGUGGCCGAAGCUCUAUGAGAUCCGGUUGCAUCCUGUUAAAAGGCAGUUUGAUGAUGGAGUCAUCGAGCGAAUGUGCCUGCGGAUGCCUUUCAAUUUCGGAAAGCCAUAGUCUGACAGAGGAGUCAUUCACUACACAGUUAUGGUUAGUUGUGCUGCAAACAAGUUGGCAAAAUUCGGGGU